AUGCCUCGCAAGGCGAUCGACUCGCGCAUCCCAGCGCUGAUCCGCAAUGGCAUACAAGAAAAGAAGCGCAGUUUCGUCGUGGUGGUGGGCGACCGAGCCAAAGAUGUCAUUGUGCACCUCCACUAUAUUAUGUCGAGCGUCGACAUGAAGCAGAACAAGUCGGUGUUAUGGGCAUAUAAGAAGGACUUGCUAGGCUUCACGAGCCACCGGAAGAAGCGAGAAGCCAAGAUCAAGAAGGAAGUCAAGAGAGGCAUUCGAGAUGCCAACACUGAAGAUCCGUUCGAGGUAUUCGUGACGCUUAACAACAUCCGAUAUGUCUACUAUAAGGAGACCGAGAAGAUAUUGGGUAACACGUAUGGCAUGUGUAUCCUGCAGGACUUCGAGGCGCUGACUCCGAACCUGCUUGCGCGGACGAUCGAGACGGUGGAAGGUGGAGGUUUGGUUCUGCUACUUCUGAAGGGCAUGAAGAGUCUGAAGCAACUAUACACCAUGUCAAUGGACGUCCAUUCGAGGUACCGAACAGAAGCACACGACGAUGUCGUGGCAAGGUUCAACGAGCGAUUCAUAUUAUCUUUGGGCAGCUGCGAGUCUUGUCUGGUCGUGGACGACGAAUUGAAUGUGCUGCCAAUAUCGGGCGGCAAGAAUGUCGAGCCGCUUCCUCCGGUAGUGUCGGAGAGCGAGGAUGCACAGCCUCGAAGGAAGCAGCUGAAGGACAUCAAGGAGCAGCAUGCAGAACGGAAGCCUGUCGGCAGUCUGAUACAGCUGGCAAGGACUGUCGAUCAAGCAGAGGCUCUGCUGAAAUUCGUCGAGGCAAUAUCAGAGAAGACGCUUAGAAGCACAGUAACUUUGACAGCAGCAAGAGGGCGAGGCAAGUCUGCAGCACUGGGAGUGGCGGUUGCAACAGCCAUAGCACACGGCUACAGCAAUAUCUUCGUCACGUCACCAAGUCCGGAGAAUUUGAAGACCUUCUUCGAAUUCGUUGUCAAGGGUUUCGAUGCCCUCGAAUAUGCGGAUCACGCCGACUAUACGCUCCUCCAAUCCACAAAUCCAGACUACAACAAGGCCAUUGUGAGGAUAAACGUCCACCGACAGCACCGUCAGACCAUCCAGUACAUUCAGCCACAAGAUGCGCAUGUUCUCGGUCAGGCAGAACUUGUUGUCAUCGAUGAGGCUGCUGCGAUACCUUUACCGCUAGUCCGGAAGCUGAUGGGACCGUACCUGGUAUUUAUGGCCUCCACCAUCAAUGGCUACGAAGGCACUGGUCGAUCACUGUCCCUGAAGCUCAUCCAACAGCUACGAGACCAGUCUCGAGGCGCUUCGCGUGCCAACGGCGAUGACACCGAGAUUGCAGAUAAGUCGACAGGCAAGGCUUCAAAGGAGGAGAAGUCACACACUGGCGGCCGAUCAUUACGAGAAAUUACCUUGUCUGAGCCAAUCCGAUAUGCACCGGGCGAUGCUGUUGAGAAGUGGCUGAACAAGGUGCUGUGCCUAGACGCAACGUUGCCAAAGGCGAGAAUGAACACGCAAGGAACACCUCAUCCGUCGACGUGCGAACUAGUGCAUGUCAAUCGAGACACACUCUUCUCAUUUCAUCCUGUAUCCGAGAAGUUCUUGCAACAAAUGAUGGCGCUAUAUGUGGCGUCACACUACAAGAACUCACCGAAUGACCUUCAGCUUAUGUCAGACGCUCCCGCACAUCAGCUGUUUGUGCUGAUACCUCCGAUAAAAGAAGACGCCACCUCGCUACCAGAACCGCUAUGCGUCCUGCAAGUAGCGCUGGAAGGACGGAUAAGUCGCCAAUCAGUCUUGAACAGCCUGUCGCGUGGACAACGCGCUGGCGGCGACCUCAUCCCGUGGCUCGUCAGCCAACAAUUUCAAGACCACGAAUUUGCCAGUCUAUCCGGCAGUCGAGUCGUGCGAAUCGCCACAAAUCCAGAGUACAUCAACAUGGGCUACGGCUCAAGAGCACUCCAGCUCCUCACCGACUUCUACGAAGGCAAAUUCACGUCCCUAGCAGAGCCCUCAUCACUGCCCGCACCAAACAACACCGAGCACAUGGCUCGCGUGACCGAUGAAGAGCUGCAGUCCACCAGCCUCCUCGCCGACGACAUCCAGGUCCGCAACAUCAACAGCAUGCCACCUCUCUUCAGCAAGCUCUCUGAGAGGACACCCGACCAGCUCGACUACUUGGGCGUAUCUUACGGUCUGACCCAACAACUCCACAAGUUCUGGAAACGCGCCUCCUUCGCCCCCGUCUACCUCCGCCAAACACCCAACGACCUCACCGGCGAGCACACCUGCGUGAUGCUGCGGCCACUGGCCACGCCAGCUUCCUCAAAUACGGACCCAGCCUGGCUCUCAACAUACGCUCUGGACUUCCACACGCGCUUCCUUGAGCUUCUCUCCUUCCAGUUCCGCGCUUUUCCCGCCGUGCAGUCUCUCUCGAUCUCGGAGUCCGCCACCGCACCCUCAAAAUCCCAGCAGACUACGAUCUCGACCAGACCAUUCACAAACACGGACCUCUCAUCAACAUUCACCCCUUUCGACCUGGCCCGCUUGAACUCAUACGCCGCCAACAUGCUUGACCACCAUGUCAUACUCGAUCUCCUCCCACGUCUCGCUUUCCUGUUCUUCACGUCCCGUGUCCCUCAAGUCUCACUUUCUGGCGUUCAGCAAUCAAUACUGCUUGCUAUCGGCCUACAACGAAAGGAUAUCUCCGACAUCGCGACCGAGCUUGGCGUGCAGUCCUCCCAACUACUUGCGAUCUUCGUCAAGGUUAUUCGGAAGUUCACUGUCGUGUUCACUGCGAUGCAGAAGGAGGCGGUCGAGGCGUCGCUGCCAGGCAGGAAGAGUGACGUGCUGCAUACAGAUGCUGCCACAAACGGCAACACCACAGCAGCAGCAGAGUCGACAGCUGAGCCAACGGUGGACGUAAACAAAUACCGCGUGUCAGACAAAAUUCUGCCUGGCAGACCCACCUUGGUAGACGCGGACGACGACCAAGACAAUGAUCGAGAGGAAGACACAGACCUUCGACGGCGGCAGCGAGAGCUAAUCGACGCACUACCCCUCGACAAAUACGAAGCAAAUGGCACAGCCAAACCCGACGACGACGAAGCGUGGGCAGCAGCAGAAAAGUCCGCGGGACAGAAGCGGAAACGAGAUAGCAAGGACGCGGGGAGAGGAGAGAAGAAUCAUGGGAAGUCGAACGGUAAUAAAGACCAUGGGCGGGAAAAGGACAAGGCACGCCAUAAAGACAAGGAUAGGGACAGGAGGGAGAAGAAGAAGCAUAAAUCGUAG